AGCCGCUCCCUUUUCCUGGAUGGGAAAUGCCGCUUCAAAGAGAAUUGCCGGUUUUCCCACGGGCAGGUCGUCUCCGUGGAGGAGCUGCGUCCCUUCGAGGACCCAGACCUCAGCGGCCUGGCUGUAGACUCGGCUUGCCUGGCGAGGCAUCAGGAUGGGAUCUGGUAUGCUGCUCGCAUCACCGACAUCGAUAGCGGUUACUACACCGUGAAAUUUGAUUCGCUGCUGCUGAAGGAAGCCGUCGUGGAGGCGGAUGGUGUCCUGCCUCCGCUGCGUAGCGAGGAAGUCUCUUCGUCCUCGGAGUCGGACGACGAUGAAGUAGAUGAUGCAGGAUACGCCAGAGUCAUUGAGUCUGGUGCCCCCGGAAACGAAGAAGGGCCCUCUGCUUGCAGUUCCACUUUGGGCAGCUGGGAGGCGCACACUCGUGGCAUUGGCUCCAAACUCAUGGCUUUCUGGGAUGGAAUUACGAGAGGCUUCCUGAGGAAAGGUUUAGGGAAGAACGCAGAGGGCCGAGUGGAGCCCGUCUUGGCCGUGGUGCUGCCGAAAGGCAAAUCCUUGGACCAGUGUGCCGAGAUCCUCCAGAAGAAGAGGGACGGGAAGCUGGAUCCGGCCAAGCCCAGGAGACGGCGGGCGAAAGGGAGCGGCGGCGCCCGGCCCACCGCGCGGAGCCCCAAGCCCCCCAGGCGGAACGUGUUCGACUUUCUGAACGAAAAGCUCCAGGGCCGGGGCACCGGCGAGCAGCGAGACGGGGCGGCGCCGCUCAAAAGGGACAGCAAAGAGAUCUACCAUGCCAGCAAGAGCACCAAGAGGGCGCUGAACGUCCACCUGCUCCAGACAGUGGAAAAGAUUGACCAAACGCAGAAGGAGAUCUGGGGAAUCCAGGAGGCCCUGGCCCGCAACGUCGGACGGCACAGCAUCGCCACGGCACAGCUGGAAGAGAAGUUGGCCGGUGCUCGCAAAAAGCUGUCAGAGCUGCGGGCUCAGGAGGCGAACCUGCAGCGGGAGCAGAAGAAAGCCGACACGCACAAGAAAAUGACUGAGUUCUAAUCUCCCUUCUCCCGCUCUCGAUCGCUAUCAGUCGUGCCGAUCGGCUGGUUCUCGUCCUGGCUGUGUCGCGCAGCCGAUUCCGAGCUGGAACCGAAGCCUCUCUUCCGGACCUUGUCCAACCCAGCAGCCAAACUGGACCCAAAGACCAAGGCUAGAUCUGAACUCUCCCAGCUCUCUGUUUGACUGUGAAACGGUUGUCCUUAGGAGAACGGGCAGAUUAUCUUUCCCUUUCAUUCGUUACCACUUUUCUAAGACACUCCCAGGAAGAUCCCGUAGCCUGCUGCAGGUGGGGCUUCAGGAACAGGGUUUAUUGGCGGGGAGGAACCACCAGCAUAGAUGGACCACUGCCAUGGCUGUUUGCUCAGCUCUGGGAUUCCUUUGUGGGGUGUGGGGGAUUUUGUCCCUCCUGGCUCGGUUACGGCAGAGAUAACUUGGGAGCCCCCUAAGCAGAAUUAGAGACGUUGACGGGGUGGCAGCGGUGGGAUAUCUAAUACGCUGGGUCCUAUGGAGCUGCUACUUUCCUCGGGGCAACCUCGGAGCAACCUCGGGGCAACGUGCCACAUCAGCGUGCUACACCGGCCACGGGGAACGUGGCUGCAAGAUACACGUGCCACAUCGCAGGUUUGCUAUUCUGUCCGAUGUUAACUUCCGUGUGCCUGGCUCUGAAGAACCAUCAUACAAACUGGCGUAAAGUUCUAGGACCGUGGUGGCGAACCUUUGGCACUCCAGAUGUUAUGGACUACAAUUCCCAACAGCCCCUGCCAGCAUGGCCAAUUGGCCAUUCUGGCAGAGAAUGAAC